AUGAAUAAAUCUUUCAAAAAUCUGCACACUAGACGUAGUACGAAUAACCCCGGUCGUGUAGUUUGGUAUGAAGACGAUGUCUCAAACGAGCUCGAUCGAGCUCGGAACAGAAGUAUUUCCUUCGACUCGGAAUCCUCUGCGACCAUCAGUCCGACUACGCUUAACCAAGCCGCAGUCGACAGUUACCACCUCGCCCUCACUCUGAGACCCAAUUCAGGUGAUCUACCCGGCUAUCUGCGCGAUCCAAACAGACCUGAGACCGAUCGGGUCUCCGGAGACUGGGAAGGAAACGUCCCUGGGCGUGGAAACACGUCUUCUCGUCGGCUUGGCGGGAUAGGUAGCUUCGCAGCAUCUGUAGAGACCACCCCGCUUGAUACUUUCCCCAACAUACCCUUUCGACAGUCAUCAAGCCCUCACGCCACUCUCUCAUCUUCCAACAUGCAGAGAAGCAACUGGGCCACUACAACCCAUAAUGGCGAUGCAAUGGAUAUCGACUCAGGUGCCCCGCCAUCGGCGCCUCGUGGACCUCGUCGUCAGACUCAGAAUGCACCUAUUCAGCGGGCAAACCGCCAAUAUCGACGUGUCACCCGACACGUCUUUUACAUUCCUGUCACUUUUAAUGUGACUUUUCCCUCCGACAUGGUCAUCGUCGGAGAAGCCCGGUCUAGCAUCAGUCGGAUGUUCAAUGCCGGCACUGCUCAUACCAUUGCCGCCACCUUCUCACCUGAGAAUCGGACUCCGCAUGUGAUGAUUGCCCUCAGUGCCAAUCACGACAACCGAGAGCGCGCUCUGAGCUCUGUUUUCCGUCGCCUGGGACAGAUGCUUGACAUGAUGCAGGAUGGGCUUGGUUGGUUACAUCCCCUGCCUUAUCGACACCCUCAUUUCAAGGUGGAAUUAGUGCACAAUCAUGAUGAGCGUCAUUAA